CUGUUGUGGGCUAUUCACUACACUGCACAUCAGUGGUCCUUCCGAAAUGGCGGACGCCGAUUCUUGGGAUGCCGAGAGUUUUGAGCCAGAAGAGCCCAUCAAGAAGGCGCCAGGGCAUGACAAGUGGGAGGGCGAGGAUGAGGAUGAAGAUGUCAAAGAUAACUGGGAUGAUGAAGAGGAGGAAGAAGAAAAGGUGACCGAGACUAAAACAGUUGCAGUGACAAAGCCAUCAGAGAAGAAAAAACUUAGUGAUAAAAUCAAAGAGAAGGAGAGUUUACAAAAGAAAAAACAAGAAGAGUUUCGAAAGCAGAUAGAGGAAUCUAAAGACAGCAUAGAAUACACACCUGAGGAGGAGUUAGCAGAAAAACUUCGACUGAAGAAACUUCAGGAGGAUUCAGAUUUGGAACUAGCCAAAGAUGCUUUUGGCAUUGUAUCGAAUAACGUAACAGGAAUAGAUGCCAUGAGCCCCUCCUCCAAAGAAGACUUUACAGAGUUUGAGCGGUUGCUGAAAGAGAAAAUAAGUCUCUACGAGAAGUCAAUACACUAUUCCAGCUUUUUAGAGUCACUGUUCAGAGACCUAUGUCUUUCAUUGGAAGUUGAAGACUUGAAAAAAAUUAACAACUCACUCACAGUGUUACUCAGUGAGAAGCAGAAGCAAGAAAAGCAAAAUAAAGGAAAGAAGAAAAAGAAAGGUGGUUUACCAGGAGGUGGUUUAAAAGCCAAGAUGAAAGAUGACUUUGCUGACUAUGGCGAGUUUGAUGGAGGUUAUGUACAAGACUUUGAAGAUUUUAUGUGACCUCCGCUUCGUAACCCAUCAUAUUCUUUGAGUGAUGAAACAUAUGAAACUCUACAGCGCAUGGCCUCUCCCUACAGUCAGACCCACGUCCAGAAUCAAGCUAGAAAACUUGAACCACAUCCCAUGUAACACACUAGCCUAAGCUUAAGUGGUUUACUCUGAGAAAGACUUGAGUGAAGCAUAUUUCUCUGGUUUAUAUUGACUGUAGGACAUUCUAGUGUUUGCUGUGGAAAAAAGGUCAUAGUCAGGUAAUGUCCUUUUGGUCAAAAAUUGAAAGUUACAAAAAAAAAAAUUAAAUGAAAACUGACCGAUGUGAAACAGAAGCUUCACAGGAAAGUGUAUAAAAGAGUUGACAGUAUUACUGUUUAAAAGAGCUACUUUACAUUAAAAUAAAUUUGACAUUCUAUGCAAAUUUCAGAAGAAAUGUCUGUUAUGUAUUUUGAUUACAUUUCUGCUGUCCUUGCAUUGAGACAACUAUAGACAUUACUGGUCACUGCUUUUGCUGAAUAAGACAACACAUAAAGUGAUUGCCAUUAAAAGCGGUAUUGCUUUACGUUACGCUUUCCUUAACUGACAUUUAGUUUACAUGAACAGCAGCAUUAAUACAUAACAUUAACAAAAUAACAUACACUUGUAUUAUUAUUAUUAUUAUUAUUAUUAUUAUUUAUUUGAAUAAUGAUCUAACCAAACAAGCUAAAUAAUCAACACCUACAAUAACCAGUGUUUAUCCCAUCAGUGAGUAAAAUUAAGUCCAGAAUGAAUCAAAAUUAUUUGCGGCUGUUAACUGACAAAAUUCAGAAAUAAGCAACAUAGUGAAAAUUAAUUAUUGUUAAUUUAUGCGUGUGUAUUUUUAGUCAUAGAUACAAUAAACAUCAGACAGUGCAAAAUUGCAGUGCAGUAUUUAUUUAACAAUCCAACAUUAGUUAGUAACUGUAUUUACAUAUUGUUUAGGAAUGUUAAAGUUUAUGGUUUGGUGAUAUUAAUGAAUACAUUAAUUAAUUAAUUAUGUUAGUUAAGAGAAACAUAAUGUAAAGCAUUACCUUAGAAGCAGUCACAUGCCUAUGGAAGUUGUGUAAAGAGUUUCACUUUUCUACUUCUAGGUGAUCAUGUAUAAAUCUUUCUUUAGAUGCAUUGAGCCUAACGUGUUGAGUAUAGUGUACCAAAUCUGAUAAGAGCUUAUUUCUACAUGCAGAGAUAGAGCAGUUAAUGGUUGCAUUCCGUUUGAAUCAGAAAUAUGGAGCUAUAUUCAGUCACGUAUUUAAAAUAUUGUGUUUUAUCGUGUGUUGCAAUUUUUUCUCUCACUUUUUUGCAGUGCUAAUUUUGUGAACAUCAUGUUAUGUUUGGGGUUUAACAUGUUCCUUUAUGCACAGUGUCACUAAACCAUACAGGUGGGUAUUAUUACAAGAGAUUUUAAGAAUAUUACUAUUGUUACUUUGCAAAUGAAGUGCAUAUAAGAUGACAUCUCAUGGAACUUAGGAGUUUCCAUUUUUAAAGUCUUGCGUUAUGAACAUUUCAUGUCAGCAAAGCAAACGAUAGCAUUCUGCCGUGUUUUAUAGAGAUCUAAUUUAAUAAAAGUCUUCAAGAAGUAAAUCCGUGUG